AUGGGUGAGAUCCAAGGUCUUGUUGCUGGUUCUGAACUUCUAAAACAUGAUUUAGACCAAACAGUAAUGUGCAUAUGCUUUCUGGGAGCUUCACAACUUAAGAAAAUUCUUCAAUUUCUACAGGAAAUGUCUCAUGCUUGUGGGUUAGGUAGAUAUGCUGAUAAAAGUAGUAGUCCCAAGAAUGAUUUGCAUGAUAUCAGCCAAGGUCCUGAGAUCAGAGAGAAAAUUGUUCUCAAUGGAGAUGCAUCAUGCCUUCUCCUGGAUGAGUCUCUACUGCUAGCACAAUUCACUCCUGGUACAACUCAGGAGUCUGUCUUUGAGGACAUGGUCACCCCAAGUUCUCCCGAUGGAAUUUCAAACAGUAGUGGUGCUUUUCUGUCCUGGCUAUAUUCAAGUCGGUCUAUUGGGGAUCAAUUGUCUACAUGGAUUCGGAACAAAGAAGAUAAAAUAUGCCAACGACAAGAAAUGGUCCGGACACUUGACAAGGAGUUUUAUCAAUUACAUGGUUUGUGUCAAAAGAAGUGCGACCGUUUGGCUUAUGAGGAAGCGCUACAGACAAUUGAGGAUCUUUGUCUUGAAGAAGGUAAGAAGAGGGGGGAUGUGGGCGAAUUUGUGCAACGAAGCUAUGAGUCUGUCUUGAAAAGGCGGAGGGAAGAGAUUGCUGAGAGUGAAAGUGAAAUGGCGUAUACUGGCAAUAGGUUUGAGAUGGAAUGUAUAUCAAAUGUUUUGCAAGAAGCAGAAGCGAUGAAUGUUAAUAAUCAAUAUUGCUGUGAUGAAACUUAUCCUGGCGUGACUUCUCAGAUAUGUAACUUGGAGUCUGGUGAAAAUGAUGAAUGGAGAAUGAAGGACUGCUUGCAUCAAAUGGAUGGCUGUGUAGAAAUUGCUAUUCAGAAACUGAAAGAGCACGCAUCUAUAGAGAUUAGCAAAGCUGAUGCGGAAAUAAUAAGAUGUGUUUUAGAGGUGCAGCAAUUGGAACUCAAGCUUGAACAUGUUUCUGCCAAUGAUUAUCGAGCAAUACUUGUGCCUCUGGUGAAGGUGUACCUAAAGGCACUUUUGGAAGAUUUGGCUGAGAAAUAUGCUAGGGAGAAAUCUGAUGUUGCAGGUGAAGCAUUUUUGGUUGAACUUGCUCUUGAUUCCAAGAAGAUUGGCAAAGGGGGAAAUGAGAGCACGAGACAUGUGGAGAAGACAAAGGAUAAGAAGAAGAAUAAAGAUCACAGAAAAAUAAGAGAUUUGAAGGCCACAAGUGGUUCUAUGCAUCCCUUGCUUCAGUCUACUACUCUUGAUUCUGAUCUAGUAUCACCUGAUAGUGACUUUCAAGAUCAUGAGGUUAUUUCCAUGAAUGAUGUUGAUUUGGAACACCACAAAGAGGAAUUUAGAUGUAAAAUUGAGCUUGAAGAGGAGGAAAAAAAACUUGAAGAAACCUUGGAACUUCAACGGAGGAAAAAAAAACCUUGGAAGAAGCCUUGCAGCAGCUACCCUAACUUCCAUUUCUUUUCUUCUACGACACUACUCCAUCAGGCCGAAUUCUAA